AUGGCAAAUCCCCCUUCAUCCUCAGACCCAAUUUCAAAGAAUACAAAUACAACUCUGAACCUGAAAUGUACUAGAAGUAAAGUAAGUAGUGUAGCGCCAGCAUUCUUCAUCAGCGACGACGAAGCUGCAGUUAUUCCGAUCUCCAAGUAUACAAUGAACGAAGCUAAAUUUGAUCCAUCCAAGACCAACAACGCCGCCACCGCCAGCGAGGCGAAGUCAGCGGUUGAGGAAGUCGCUGAUGACCUUGUCCUGCGCGACGGCCUCGUCGCAGCUCGGCUCCAGGAGGUGGAACGUGUGUCCCUUGCCGGGCGCCUGCUAGAUCUCCGCCUCGCCGGGCCACCCGCUGGCCCUGAGACGGUCGUAGUAGAAGUUGCGGCGUCAUGGUCGUGA